AUGUCCUGCUACGACCUGUGCCCCACCUCCGGCGGCAUCUCCUGCCCUCAGCCCGUGGCCAACAGCUGCAACGAGCCCUGCGUCCGGCAGUGUCCGGACUCCACCGCCCUCAUCCAGCCUCCGCCCGUGGUGGUCACCUUCCCCGGGCCCAUCCUCAGCUCCUUCCCGCAGCAGGCCGUGGUGGGAUCCUCCGGAGCACCGGCCUUUGGCGGCUCCCUGGGUGCUGGGGGUCUCUACGGCUCCGGGGCUUUCCCGGGAUUCGGCGCCCGCUCUGGGUACGGGAUCUCGGCGCUGGCCAGCGGCUCCUGCGGCCCCUUCUCCUCCCGCCGCUUCAGCCGCCUCCUGCGCGGCUCCUGCGGGCCCUGCUGA